UCCUUCUACCUGUAAGAAAACAAAAUGAGUUGGCUUAUGUUUGUUCUUCAUCUAUUUCUUCUGUUAUUUCUCUUGUCUUCUUCUUCUUCUUUUUCUACUUCUGCACGCCAUACCUGCCUUGAGGACCAGAGAUUUUCACUUCUCCAAUUUAAAACAACAUUUACCAUAACUGCUAAUGCCUCUUCUCCACGUUGUAAAUCUAAUUCUCAUCCUAAAAUGGUGUUCUGGAAUGAGAGUAGUGAUUGCUGCUUGUGGGAGGGGGUCACGUGCGACUGGUCGAAUGGUCAUGUGAUUGGACUUGACCUCAGUUGCAGCUACCUUCAGGGCACCAUCCAACCCAACACCACCCUCUUCCACCUUCGUCACCUCCAAACCCUCAAUCUUGCCUUCAAUGACUUCAAUUUCUCUACAAUUUCACCUGAUUUUGGCUCCUUUCCAAGUUUGACCCAUCUCAACCCCUUUGAAACUAAUUUUACAGGCCGAAUUCCCUCAAAAAUCUGCCAUCUGUCCAAAUUGGUUUCCCUUGACCUCUCAUAUUUGAAUUAUAAUCCUUAUGAUUAUAUUUUUUAUUAUCCGGUGAGACUUGAACAACACACUUUCAAUAUGCUCCUUCGAAACCUUACCCAAUUAAGAGAACUACACCUUGAUUCAUUGAAUAUCUCUUCACCUUUACCUCAUGCUUUGCUAAAUCUAUCUUCUUUGACAUCUCUCAGUUUUGGUUCUUAUCAACUGCGUGGGAAAUUCUCAGAAAACAUUUUUCACUUUCCAAACCUACGAGAGCUCGAUGUAGGGGGAAAUUCAGAACUCACAGGUAAACUUCCAUACUUCAAUGCAACUAGUUCCCUUCAGUUUCUUGAUCUUGGCGACAUAAGUUUUUCUAGCCAAUUGCCUAAAUCAAUCAGCAAUCUUAAAGCCUUGAAUAUUUUGUCCCUCUUCUACUGCAAACUUUCGGGGUCCAUUCCAGCUUCUGUUUGGAACCUUACAAAAAUCACUGAUUUAGACUUCCCAUUUAAUAGUUUCAGCGGUCAAAUCCCCUCAUCAAUUUCAAACCUUGCAAGGCUUAGAGGCUUGUAUCUUUUCGGAAACAAUUUGAACGGACAAAUAAUUGAUUCCCUUGGCUACAUGAGCCAACUUACUCUCUUGGCUCUUUCCAGCAACAAUUUGAAUGGUCAAAUACCGGAUUCCCUUGGCAACAUGAGCCAACUUACUAAUUUGUAUCUUUCUGGAAACAAUUUGAAUGGUCAAAUACCGGAUUCCCUUGGCAACAUGAGCCUACUAACUUCUCGCUAUUUGAGUUAUAACUCACUCAAUGGGACAAUACCAUCUUCGUUGUUUGCUCUGCCUUCACUGGUUUAUAUAUAUUUGAGUAACAAUAAGCUGCGGGGACCAAUUCCAGGAUUAGUUUAUGAACUCCAGAACCUACUAGACCUGUGGGUUUCAUCAAAUAACUUAAGUGGUGUAGUGGAUCUAGAUAAGCUUCUAAAGCUUAAAAAUCUGAUCUCUCUUGAUCUCUCAUAUAAUGGUCUCUCAUUGAGCAUCAACAACAGUGUCAACUCUACCUUGACCAACUUUGACACUACAGGAUUAGCUUCUUGCAACUUGAGCGAAUUCCCAAACUUCUUGAGAGAACAAGCCAAAUUGCAUUCUCUAGACCUUUCAAACAACAAAAUUCACGGUGAAGUUCCAAAAUGGUUAUUCAAUGUGGGGAAAGAUUCAUUGCAAAAUAAGAAUCUACAGUUUAUUGACCUGCACUCCAACUCACUCCGAGGACCACUCCCUGUUCCACCUAACACCACAUAUGUUUUCUCUAUCUCAAACAAUAAAUUGACCGGAGAAAUCCCUACAUUGAUUUGCAAUCUGAGUUCACUUGGAGUUCUUGAUCUGUCUAAUAACAGUUUGAGUGGGUUGAUUCCACAAUGUUUGGGAAACUUGAGCAACAGUCUCUCAGUGCUAAAUUUAGGGACUAAUAGCUUUUCUGGCACCUUUACUGCAACAUUUACCAAAGGCAAUUUCCUAAGGAAUCUUAACCUGAAUGGCAACCAAAUUGAAGGACAAGUUCCACGAUCUUUGCUCAAUUGUGAAUACUUCGAAGUUCUAGAUCUUGGAAAAACAAGAUAAAUGGUACAUUCCCCCACUGGUUGGGAACUCUUCGAAACUUGCAAGUUCUUGUCUUGAGAUUUAAUAGGUUUCAUGGUUACAUAGGUACCUUCAAGACCAAGGGCAAACAUCCUUUCCCUAAGUUGAGAAUUAUCGACGUAUCUUACAAUGAGUUUACUGUGCUUUUGCCAACAAACUAUAUCAAAUGAUUUGAAGCUAUGAUGAAUGCGGUUGAACAUGAAAUGAAAUUGAAAUACAUGGGUGAAAACCAUUAUCAAGAUUCUAUGGUGGUGAUGAUUAAAGGAUAUGAGAUUGAAUUAUCAAGAAUCUUAACAGUCUUAUCAAUCAUUGAUUUGACAAGAAAUAAAUUCCAAGGAGAGAUUCCGAAAUCCAUUGGGAGGCUUAAUUCACUUUGGGGUCUUAACAUAUCUCAUAACAAUCUUACAGGCCAUAUCCCAACUUCACUUGGAAAUUUGAAAAACCUUGAAUCGUUGGAGCUUUCCUCAAACAAGCUUGUUGGGAAGAUUCCUCAGCAAUUGACAAAUUUGAUGUUUCUUGAGGUACUAAACCUUUCGAACAACCAACUAGCAGGACCAAUUCCUCAAGGGAGGCAGUUUUAUACAUUUGAAAAUGAUUCAUAUAGUGGGAACUUGGCUUUAUGUGGAAUCUCCUUGUCAAAGAAAUGCAAGGAACUACAGGCACUGCCACCGCCACCAACAAUCCAACAAGACAAGAAUUUAGACAAGUCAAGUGGAUUUAGCUGGCAAGUUGUAGUGAUAGGGUAUGGGUGUGGCUUUGUAUUUGGAAUAGUUAUGGGAUAUCUUAUGUUUCUAACUCGAAGUCCAGAAUGGCUGAUGAAAAUUGUUGAAGGAAAACAAUAUAAAAAGGUGAAAAGGUCCAAGAAGAGUGCCUACUGAUGCUGUAAAGGAAGAAAUCAGCA